UCCUUUGCGCCGCGAGACAGCCCUAGAGCGCUUUGACCCCUACGGCCGCCGUCAGCUCUGAGUUACUAUGGUAACUCAGCUGCCAUCAGGAUGUCGUUGCAAAAGGCCUCUUCGUCUCGGGUGUUCGUGGAACUGGUUCCCUGGGCUGACCGAGGCCAGGAGAACAAUCUGGUCUCGGGCGGAGAAACGCUGCCGGGCCUGAGCCGUCCCCUCUCCUUAGCACAGGGCCAGACUUCGACCCGCGAGGUGCACGUAAGCGGCACCGCGGAGGUGUCUGUGGUCCCCGACCGAGCGCAGGUAGUGGUGCUAGUGAGCAGCACCAAGGAGACGGCGGCCGAGGCCAAGAAAAGCGUUUGCCGCCGCUUGGACUACAUCACACAGAGCCUCCAGCAGCAGGGUCUGCAGUCAGAAAAUGUAACUGUAACAAAGGAUAUUAGAAGAGUAGAAAAUGCUUAUCACAUGGAAGCAGAGGUCUGCAUUACAUUUACUGAAUUUGGAAAAAUGCAAAAUAUUUGUAACUUUCUUGUUGAAAAGCUAGAUAGCUCUGUUGUCAUCAGCCAGCCCCGGUUCUAUCACACUCCAGGUUCUGUUGAGACUCUUCGACGGCAAGCCUGUCUUGUUGCUGUUGAGAAUGCAUGGCGCAAAGCUCAAGAAGUGUGUAACCUUGUUGGCCAAACUCUAGGAAAACCUUUAUUAAUUAAAGAAGAAGAAAUUAAAGAAUGGGAAGACCAAAUAGAUGAUCACCAGUCAUCCAGACUCUCAAGUUCAUUAACUGUACAACAAAAAAUCAAAAGUGCAACAAUACAUGCUGCUUCAAAAGUAUUUAUAACUUUUGAAGUAAAGGGGAAAGAGAAGAAAAAAAACCAUCUCUAAAAUUCCAACCAAAAUGUACUGUGUUUGUAUCUUUUUGUCUAUUUUUAUACUUUUUAUAAUGUUUGCUUUUGCCUGAAUAUAUAUACAUACACAUAUAGAGUAUAUAAUGUGUUCUUCCCAAAAUUUGUGAAUCCUUGAAUAUAGUCCCAAAGAAUACUUAUGUUUACUUUCUAUUUUUAAAACCUCACUUUGGGAAAUACUCUUUGGAAAUAAAUAUGUGCACAUUUGUACAAUGAAUUUAUGCUACUGCAUGUGUAACUUUUAUAUUUCUAUUAUAGGGAGAAAUGCUGACACUAUUAUUCAUAUGACUAUUAACAUUAAUAGAAAGAAUGAAAAGCAAUUGUAAUUUGAUAAAUGGGUAAGGAAGUAUAUUGUGAAAAUAUUUUCAUGCCAGAAAUAAGAAAUAAUAAGUACAUGGACCAGAUAAUAUAUAAGCUCUUCAUCAGGGCUUCUUUGAGUAUAACAGCAUUCUCCACUACAAAUAUAAUGCAAGCCAUAUAUGUAACUUAAAAUUUCCUAGUAGACACAUUUAAAAAAAUAAAAUAAGUAUAAACUAAUUUUAUAUUUUAUUUAAUAGUAUAUCCAAAAUAUUAUCAUUUCAGCAUGCAAUCAAUAUUUUAAAAAUAAUGAACAGGUAUUCAGAAUAAUUCAUUUUUAUACUAAUUCUUCAAAAUCCAGUGUAUAUCCUGUAUCUCAAUUCAGGUGCUAAAUUUUCAUCAGAAAUACUUGAUCAGUAUUUAUUUUCUAAAAUUUAUUUAAAACAAUAGAUUCACACACCCAGCUUGUUCCAAGUAUGCUUAAAAGAUCUAAUAGCUGUAUAACCAUUGUUUUAAAUUAAAAUUUUUAAAAAAUUAAAAUUCAGUUACCUUGGUUAUACUAGCUACAUUUCAGAUGCUCAAAAGCCAUAAUAGCUAAUGGCCACCAUGUUGAACAGGGCGGGUUAAUACACUGAGAUAAUACUGAUCCUAAGAGUAUUUGAGAUGUAACUGUGUAUGUGUCGUUGCUUUUACAUUACACAUCAUCUACAUAGGCCUUCCAUUCCCCACAAUAACAGCCUAGGUUUUUCCUUUGAGAUAUCUUGAUACUUAUAUACCAGUAUUUCUUUCCUACAACACAUUCCAAUAUAUAGUUUCUAUCCCCACCUUCUGUAAGCGGCAUUGGAACAGUUUUAUCCAUUUCUUCUGUAGUGUCCUUGGCAGUAAGGAGUGUGGAAGCUAAGAUGAAAGUGUUAGAAUAUGACACCACUAUAUUCAAAUCCUGACAUUACUCCCAGAGUGUAAUCUUCAGAAUAGAGAUCUUGUCUUUCCUUUCUUUCUUGGGUGCUACAUUCUCACACCUGGGAUGGUGUCAGGGCCAACAGUAAGUCCACAACAAAUAUUUGCUCAGAAAAUUUGCCAGUUGUGUAAACUUGGCAAGGCACUUUAAUCUCUUUAAGCUUCUCUUUCUUCAGAGAGAAAUGAAACUAGUAAUACUGUAAGAUUAAAGUUGAUAAAUAUAAAACCAUGAAAUUAAUGCCUAGUACAUAGUAGUCACUCAGAAAAUGGUAGCCAUAAUAUCAACUACAACUAUCAUUAUAUUCUCUGAUUACUGUCAGCUCAAUUAAAAGUUGACUUUCCUAAAUCUAAUGCUAAGAUGAAUUUUUAGUCAUACGAAAAAUAUGCCCUGGCUGGUGUGGCUCAGAGGAUUGAGUGCCAGUCUGCAAACCAAAGGGUCGUCGGUUUGAUUCCCAAUCAGGGCGCACAUGCCUGGGUUGCAGGCUGGGUACCCAGUUGGGGGCAUGCAAGAGGCAACCAAUUGGCGUAUCUCUUGCACAUUGAUGUUCUCUCCCUCUCUUUCUCUCUCCCUUCCCCUCUCAA